CACACACCCCGGGGAAAGCACAGGAGAAUGAAACCAUAGACUUUUUUUUUUCUUCCUCUGAUCAAGUGUCAGGGUUUAAUCAGCUCCACUAUAUAUUUUUAACUGGAAAACAUCAAUUCAAUGUAUCAAUCAUCAUGAGCACAUUUUCACUUCCUGAUCUGUCCCAGGAGCAGCAAGACAUUUUCCAGAAUGAUUUUACCAAAGAUUUUGAGUACUUCAAAUCAGGCGGAAAACUCAGUCCCUCUUUCUGUACUUCAUUCAUUAUGCUAUGCAAAGCUCCUGUGCUAUCAAUCCUGACAGAUAAGGAAGCACAAGCGCUUCUUCAGCUCACUGAUCCACCAGAAAUGCAGGAAGCGGUCCUAACAACUGUAAAAGGCAAAGGGACAAGAGCAAUAGUUACAUUUUAUAUGCUACUAAACAUGAAUAAUGAGGAUUUUUAUGGGGAACUUCCCAGCUCCAAGGAAAACGAUAGAAAGUUUGAACUUAUAUCUAAUUUGGAAGAGAGAACUAUUUCUAAAUUGAGAAAAAAUAUGAAAGAAAUCUCACAGACUUUCAGGUUUUCAGACAAGUCAGGUGCUGUCAAACCAUCUGCAGCUGUAGCAACUGUAAAGCCACGUCUUUCACGUCAGAUAGAUGAAAUUGAGGAAACAUCACAAGAAGAAACCGCAGAUUCAAAAGAUGAAGUUGUAAAGGAAAAGAAGAAGGAAUCCCAAAUUAUAGGUGCUGUCAAACCAUCUGCAGCUGUAGCAACUGUAAAGCCAGUUUCACGUCAGAAAGAGGAAACUGAGAAAAAAUCACAAGAAGAAACAGCAGAUUCAAAAGAUGAAGUUUUAAAGGAAAAGAAGAAGGAAAUCCAAAUUACAGAAAGAAGAAAGGGGAGAGAGAAAGAAAAAAGAGAUGAUGGAAAAAACAAUUCUUGUGAUGAUGAUGUCACCCGUCCCAAGGGCAAUAGAAAAAGCUGGGGAAUAAGGAAGGAUGAUGAAUUUUUUCACUUUAUCAUUAUAUGUUUUGCGGUUGGAGCAUCCCUUAUUUCCUCAUACAACUAUGCAGACUGGACAGUUUCUGCGGGAAUAGGCUUAAUGGUGUUUGCUUCCCUGGAAACCAUUGGAAUAUACUUUGGUUUAAUUCAGAGAAUACGCACUGCAGUCGAAGCCUUUUUACCACUUUUAAGCAAGUCACCAUUUACAGGAUUUCGGAAAAAUCAGUAGCCCAGAGAUUUAGCAUGAAGAUAUUAAUAUGGAAUUUGAACUGAUUCCUAUCCGUAUGAAGAUAAAACAUGUCCGUAUAUCAAUACUUUAAGGAAAAGUAUAUUAAAAUGUGAAUAAUGUGCACAUUAAUAGCAGGUUUAUAAUGUCAGAUUUGUGAUAAUUAUUUAAAGUAAUUUUAUACAUGUGUAGUAUGUAUUAGCAAUUAAAGUGAUGUUUUAAAAUCA